CAGCAGGAUCUCAGUAGGAUCAACCCAACUCCGGAGAACUGUUCACUACAGACUGCAAAGACAGAAAUGGCAGACGUUGCAACUGCUGCUGAAAAGAAGGCCCCCCCUAAAUUCAAGCAGAGGACUACCCGUACCUUCAAGAGCAAGGCCCCCAAGCCUGGCCAGAAGGGAUUCGGUGACGACAUCCCCGGCAUGGAGGGUCUCGGCACAGACAUCACAGUGGUCUGCCCAUGGGAAGCUUUCGGUGACAUGGAACUCAGUGACCUGGCGAAAUAUGGAAUUGUUUAGACACCCUACCACUCCUUCCCUUCCCUCGACCACCCCCUUCACUUCUCUUUCCUUCACUUCCCCUCUCCUCCUCCUUUCUGGACCCUGAGGUCAGGGAGUCCAGUACUCUGAACUGAUUCUUGUUUUGUUAUGCCAUCUUGUACAAGGCGCUUCCACUUUCACAUCAGCUCGUUGUUUAAGAGCCGGGCGUACUCGGGUGCACUACCGACCCUGAGAGCCGGGCGUACUCGGGUGCACUACCGACCCUGAGAGCCGGGCGUACACGGGAGCACUACCGACCCUGAGAGCCGGGCGUACUCGGGUACACCACCGACCCUGAGAGCCGGGCGUACUCGGGUACACCACCGACCCUGAGAGCCGGGCGUACUCGGGUACACCACCGACCCUGAGAGAAUUGGUGAAGUCGCACAAACACACAGUGAUACUUGGGAAAUAUGCACACACCAGCUUUAAUUAAACUGAAGACACAUAAUACCAAACCUCAUCCUGCCACUGUCCUCCUGUAGAAAGCUCACAUAAACGACCAGCUAAGCAAUGUCCUAACAACUGAAGUCAAAUGGCACUCAAGUUAUAUGAAUAAGACAUGUAAUGUAUAAUAGUGAUGUGCAUUCGCUUUCUGCGGUCUGGUAGGUAAAUAAAUGGUCAUGUCAGUGAGCUUACUUCGACACUACUACUACAGUUUCACUGGUGCACUUCCUGAGAGAGAAGCUGGACUAAAUUUACAAUGUUAUUAAAGAGGGUUUGAUUAAGCGUUGUUCAUAUCUCAACCAUAGCUGGUUUCCUCCCGCCUGACUAUUUCCUCAACCUGCACCCGCUCUCCUUGAAAGCACUUUUUAUAAACAGAAAUAUAUAUUUAUGUACAAAAUAAAAAACAAUUAAUUUUUUGCA